UGCUCUGCCUGUAAUUACCCCUUGUGAUGACAUCGCCUCAAGAGGAGGGGAAUCUUGCCAAAACCAGUAUCUCUGCAAUAUUUCCUUUAGAAUUGCUUAGUGCAUUCUGCCUGAGAACUACAGAACUAGCAGCUAGCAUUUAACUCUGACCAAUUUGUCAACUGUGCUCUAAAAGAGGAAGCUGAAGGCACAUUCACAAUUCUCACUUAUAUCUGUGAAAAGACAGAGCUGCUUCUGAAUUUAAUAUUCAUUAAUACCAUGCAAUCCAAUGACAGUCAUCACUGUGGGCAAGUCCCCCAGACCCUGGUAGCCACAUUCCUCCCUCCUAUCCUCAUCAUUGAGCUCCUGCUGGGGCUGCCAGGGAAUCUCAUGGCACUGUAUGUCUUCUGCCGCCACUUUCAGUGUUGGAGACCCACCAUCCUGUUUCUCUUUAACCUGGUCCUGGCUGACUUCCUGCUCCUGGUGAGCUUGCCUUUCCGGAUUGACAAUCUGCUUCGUGGUGAGAACUGGGUGUUUGGUGAUGCUUGGUGCCGUAUCAACCUCUUCAUGCUUGCGGUGAAUCGAUCAGGAAGCAUUGCCUUCAUGACGGCUGUGGCUCUGGAUCGGUACUUUAAGGUUGUCCAUCCACAUCAUAAAGUGAACUCUAUGAACUCACACCAAGCUGCUGGGGUUGCUUUCUUUAUUUGGACUGUGGUGAGUGCACUGCGGCUUCCUCUUUUGACUAACAAUCUUCUAAGCAUGGUGGAGAACAAUGGAACAAAUAUUUCAAUCUGUCGGAGCUUCAGCUCCUACAAGAACCCAUCAGUGGGUAUCAAGCUCCAUUACAAUGUUUAUAUUGCUGAGUUCUUCCUCCCUCUGCUACUUCUACUCUUCUGCUCAUUCCGAAUCUCCUGUGUCCUACGCCGGCGCCACAUGGACAAGGAGAAGAAGGUGCGACGGGCCAUUCGCACAGUCCUGGUAAUUGUUGGGGUCUUCAUCAUUUGUUUUUUCCCUGGCAUUGCCACAGGACUGACUGCAAUGUAUCUGACAAAAAUGGGCAAGGAAUACUGUAAUGGUUACAUACUAAACAGUCAGCUGUUCAGCCUGUCCAUCGGGUUUACAUACCUGAACAGUGCACUGGAUCCCGUCAUUUACCUCUUCUCCAGCUCCAUGUUCCGAAAUACAGUAAGGAAGGCUAUCAAUCGGACUGGACUGGUGCAACUAAACCUCAGUCGUCGUGGCAGCACUACAAGUGGAAGUGAUUUCUGAAGAGACAUCAAAAUUGACCUAAUAAUAGGCAAUGCCUGAAUAAUUACCUAUAACAUGUAACUCCUACUUAAAUACAUUUACAGUUGCUAUAGAUUCGGUUUGCCAGAUUUUAAAAUGAUCACGACUUUACACUUUAAAAGUAGUCUAGUCCACAAGCCAUUUGCAAACAUUUUGUUUUUUGUAUGCUGAUUUUUAAAAAAUAAACAUUUGUAAACAA